UAAGUUGUAAUGUAAUUCAACGCUAAAUUUUUAUAAUAAAUUUUUCAAGCGCAAGUGGUCAAAGAACUUCUUAUAACAAAUAAAAAAGAGUUAUGGAUAAAUUUAUUCCUGCCAGUUCGACUCCAAAAAAAAGUCGUAAAUACAAACAUUUGAAUCAUCCAAAUACCCAAACUAUGGUUGAUGAAGCUUUUAAAGUGAUAAUGCUCAACUCAAAUAAAUGCUCUUACCGAGCUAUAAAACAUUUUAUAUUGACAAAUUAUAUUGUCAAUAUGAGAUAUAUGCUAAAUCGAAUUAAAAGUUAUAUCAGGGAAUCUGUAGCCAAUGGCAAGUUGAUUCAAAUGACUGGCCACGGAUUAAAUGGUUCAUUUCGAAUGUCAGCUGCAGCCCUCAGGAAUGCAAACAAAAUGACCAAAAAAUCUAAAAAACGAACCAACAAGAAACCACAAAAAAUCACAUUUCGAAUAGGUCAUCGUCGAACAUCGAUUACACGAUUUUCAAUUAAAAACGAUCAUCGACACUUAGUGAAGAGUCCUAAUCUCAAUUUGGAAAAGAUUCUUGUGCUUAGAAGAAGUCCUAAGCCUAGGUUGGCCAAAAUAGGAAAACAAUAUAGCUUGACAAAGAGACAAGAAAAAGAAGACGAAAAUAAUAAUAAUGGACCAUCAACAUCGGCCGAAGCUACUCGUCUGUUAAGCUUGAGAGUAACAAGACAAGAAAACUCGCAUAUGUUUUAAUUUUACUUAAUUUGUUUUUUAAUCAUUCAUGUACCUAGUUUAUGUUGUGUUAAGUUUUUGUUUACGUGUUAUUUUUUAUAAUUUAUAUUUUAUGUUUUUGUUUGUUCUUAUUGUUUUUAAUUAAUAAAAUUAUGUCAAAAAUA